AUGUCAUUGUUGUUCCUGGGUAUUGUCCUCCUCGUACAUGUGGUGGUACAUAGUGAAAUCACAGGCAACUCCAGUUUAUUACCUGGUGCAAGAUGGCUUCCAUUCGAGACGGGCAUACAAAGCAUUUUGGUAGCAGAUUAUAUAGCAAGGACUAAUAUAAGCAACACCGUGUACCAGACGCGAUGGCUUCGACUCAAAGAGCACUGUCUCAAGAAUCAUCCCAACGUGAACCCAACAAACCUAACAGACUUUGACAUCAGCAAAAUCAAGGAGAGUAAAUACAUCCUAGCAGACGAUAAACACAAAGUGGUUUAUUGCAAAGUCCCGAAGGUGGCAUGUACGACAUGGAUGCGGUUGUUCUUAGCCAUGCAUGGCAUCAAAGAUGCUCUCAAUAUGUCCCAGGAUGACGUGCAUCACCGGUACGACACCUAUUGGUUCUUCAAAAACAUGGAUUUACGUAAACAAUCCAACUUAGACAUACGGCGGAAGCUGCAGACGUACAAGACCUUUGUUAUUGUCCGCGACCCAAUGGUACGAAUACUCUCUGCUUACAGAGACAAGCUUAUGCUUGGCAGGGAAUUCUAUGAGCUGUACUCGAAACGAAUUUUGCAUGCUUAUCGCGAAAGUUACAACUGGGAAAAUGUUGAAAUUGAAUUUCAUGAAUUUGUCCGAUUUCUUCUUGACCAGGAAAGGUUUCAGAUCGGUUACGUGGAUGAACAUUGGGAUUCCUUCUUUAACGAGUGCCUUCCGUGUCAUGUCAAUUAUGACGUCAUUGGCAAGUACGAAUCUUUAGAAAUGGAUUCUGAAUUCAUUCUGAAAAAUCUUGGUUGGGAUAAACAAGUAAAAUGGCCGCCUCGUAGCAAACAUUACAGUGGUAACAGCUCCUCCUCACUGAAAGAGCAAGCUUUUAAGGGUGUGUCUAAAAUUCUAUUUUCGGGAAUUCAAAAACAUUAUGGUGAAGAUAUCAUCGCAUUUGGCUAUCACGAAGAUAAAUGUCAUUCCUGACACCACCGCCACAUUACCAAGACAAAAUGAUAUAGUUUUUAUUAAUAGCUUGUUGACUGAGAAAUUACGAGGGAAUUAUAUACUCGGGGUAGUACUAAAAAGGGAAAACGAGAAAACAAACUGACAAAUUUUCACUUGAGGCUUGUAUAUAUUGUAUUUUAUUU